AUGGACACCACCGUAGAUGUCGUUGUGGUUGGUGGCGGUCUCAGUGGACUUCAAGCCGGUUAUGACUGCCAGAAUGCUGGCUUGUCAACUCUUGUCCUGGAGGCUCGUGAUCGAGUAGGAGGCAAAACCUGGAGUCUGCCUGGUGCUAAGGGCAAAGGAAUGAUCGAGCUUGGUGCGGCAUGGAUCAACGACACCAUCCAGUCACAUAUUUACGCUGUGGCAAGAAAGCUGAAGUUGGAUCUGAUCCAGCAACUCACCGCGGGCGACUGCGUCGUGCAUGAUCUGGAUGGGUCCAUUUCCAAGUUUGUCUACGGCGAAGUUCCAGGACACGAGGCAUCGGAGGCAGAAAACAUGGUGCAAGUGAGAUCGCUGCUUGAGAAGCUUUGCCACCAAGUUGACCUCCACAAUCCCCAGAAUGCCGACUGGGAUUCUGUUACCCUGGAGGAUUUUGUUCGGCAGAACGGCGGUGGUGCCACUGCGCUAGCGACCGCAAGAUUAUGGACUCGAGGUCUGCUCGGUGUCGAGCCACGAGAAAUGAGCGCUCUAUACUUUCUAGACUAUAUUAAGAGUGGAGGAGGCUUGAUGCUCACCAGAUCUGAUAUGAAGCAUGGCGGACAGUUCCUGCGCGUGCGACAAGCCCCGUCCGCAAAGAUUGAGCAGGACUCACACCUUAACCAAGCCACUGUGACUACGAAGGACGGCCGUCGCAUCCGCUGUAAACGUGUCAUUGUCUCUGUUCCUACUCCUUUAUAUAAGGAGAUCGCCUUCUCUCCUCCCUUGCCCGCGGACAAGCUCAAGCUAGCGUCCAGCACGACUCUGGGCUGGGUGGCCAAGUCUGUCGUCUGUUAUGACACUCCUUGGUGGAGAACAGCCGGUUAUUCUGGCUUGGUUCAGUCAUUCGAGGGUCCUGUGACCAUUGUUCGAGACACAAGCUCUGAUAUGGACGGGCAUUUCUCGCUGACCUGUUUCAGCCAGGGCGAUACUGGUCGGGCCUGGGGUCAGCUACCGGCCCAGGAACGCCGUGACCAGGUCAUUGCACAUAUUGGCCGUGCCUUUGCUGACCCAAGUGCUGCUGCCGCACAUAUUGGAAUGUUUGAGCAGCGAUGGGCCCCUGAAAAACGGAGCCAGGGCUGCCCUUGCCCCGUGAUGGGUCCGGCCCUGCUAGGUGAUCUAGGACAUGCUUUGCGGGCUCCAUUCGACAAGAUUCAUUUCGUUGGAACCGAGACUGCUUAUGAAUGGAAAGGUUAUAUGGAGGGUGCUGUGCGGUCUGGGAAGAGGGGCGUCGAGGAGGUUAUCAAAGCUCCUAGUAGUUAG